ACCGAGAGUUGACUCUCCCCUCGCACUGCUGGGGCUCCGUUGAGCUCUCUUGUAAACAACUCAUCUUUUGAAACAUUUUCAAUGAAUUUCGAUAGAGUAUUUCUCUGUAUCAGCCGCGUCGUGUGUGUUUCGCGUUUAAUUGCAGUUUAUCUGCUUCGCUUACAAUGGAUUCGUAGCACCAAACGGGCCUGUCGUCUUUCGCCAUGAGCCUAGCUUCCGAAGGAGUCGCAGGUAGCACCCACUCAACCGAGAGCGCGGAAGAGAACACUGAUGGUGAUAGACGCUAUGCCAGGAAGGCCACAAGGUUUGUCGUCAAACACUUGGAGAAAGGUGUCGUACCAUUGUGCGUUGCAGUCGCUGAACUGUUCGAGAAGCUCGAGAGCCUGCGCAGGGAGGUGCAAACGCUGCAAGAAGCUCUACAACAGGGAACUGAGGUGCAAUCACAGACCGAACAAAGAGGUACGCCCGUCAAAUUUGGCGGUCCACCGAGCAGCACGGAGACAGUGACAACACUUCCAUUGGAUGGAUGUCUGUGCUCAGCAUGCAAGAACUCCACACCUCCCUACUUUUCGUUAGGAUCCACUUGGAUGAACGUUACUGUGAUUUUGCCAAGAAUGUGGGACAACGUCGGUGUCGUCCGUUACGUAGGGCAUCUGGACUGUAGUUCGCCCUGCAAGCUGUGGGCUGGUGUUCGACUGGACGAACCAGUGGGAUGGACAGACGGCAGUCUGCAGGGCGAACGGUAUUUUACUUGCGAACCUAAUCAUGGCAUAUUUGUUCCCUUGUCUAGGAUCUUACCAGUACAGGCACUAACAAAAAAGCUGAAGUCAAGCUGUUAAGUACAUCGCAAUUGUCAAAGUCAUAUUCAGCGUGGGCUGAGGUGCAAUCGUCAUAACAGGUGUUUCUACAGCGUAUUAUUUCAAUAAAUAUUUCAUGAGAGCAACCAA